CUUAAACUAACUCUAAAAUAAGUUAGUUUUCCUGCUUUUAGUGACAACAGCAUGAACAUGGGAUAUUUGAUUUGUUUGUUUUUUGCGGGAUUUAUGCUGGGUUGUCCAGAUUUCACAACAGCAAGCUCACCGUAUUCACUGGUAGUAGCUUUUGAUAUUGGAACAUCGUACAGCGGCUACGCGUUUUCCUUCCGAAACGAUUCUCUGAAUAUAACUUAUGCAGACUUGGAUCACAAAUCACCGAAGACACUAAGCAGCGUCCUCCUCAAACCGGACAAAAAGUUCGAUUCUUUUGGAAUUCAAGCUGAACAUAAGUACCUAGAGCUUGCAGAGGUCAACAAAAACAAUGGGUGGCAUCUUUUUAGAGGUUUUAAGAUGGUUCUUCAAAACGACAAGAAAUUAACACGAUCAACAAAAGUAGAAGAUAUUAAUGGUGUGUCUAUGUCCGCAUUAUCGAUAUUUACUAUGUCGAUCCGCUUCUUGAAGGAUCACUUUUUGAACAAUGUUACCAAACAAGUUCCUGAUCUGGAAGAAGAUGAUAUUAGAUAUGUUCUGACAGUGCCUGCAAUCUGGGGUGACAUGGCCAAAUUGUUUAUGCGAGAAGCAGCAGUACAGGCGGGUAUAAGUAAUUCUAAUCUAAAGCUUGCCCUAGAACCCGAGGUAGCUUUUAUCGGAUGGCAGACUGUGAUGGCUGGCAAGGAAGAAGCAGCUCUUUCUAAACCUGGGACACGGUUUAUGGUUUUGGACCUUGGAGGUGGUAUUGUAGAAAGUUCUAUUCAGGAAUUACAGCAGGAUAAUGCCACUUUGAAAGAGGUACACAAAGCCAGUGGUGGACCAUGGGGAGGCAACAGUGUUAACAACAAUUUCUUGCAGUUACUGACCAAUUUGUUUAGCCGAUCCGUAAUGGAGCGUUUCAAAGAAGAACAAGUGGCCGACUUUCUACAUCUGGAGAGGGAAUUCGAGCAGAAGAAGCAACACUUAACGUCAAAAAAUGAUGGUAACAUUACUUUUAAUGGUCUAGCAUCGCUGAGUGCCAUUUAUAGGCAAGUUACAAAUACAUCUUCGAAAGAAAAUUUCUCUGAAAUGGGGCUAUCAUGUAAUUUAACUGUUAUCAAGGAGUUGUUUUCUUCCCCAUUGGGAAACAUUAUUUCCUUUGUUAAGAACAUAACUGGCGAACCGGGUAUGCAGUCUGUUAAUACUAUGAUAGUCCUUGGUGGAUUCGGAAAAAGUGUAAUAGUUAGAGAUGAACUGCAAAAACAGAUAACAGGUCUACAUAUCAUCACCCCAAAAGAUGCGGAUCAGGUUGUUCUUAACGGGGCCGUUCUGAUUGGACAUACUCCUGGUAGCAUUUCCGCUCGUGUCAUGACCUACACAUACGGUGUAAGGGUGAUGGAGAAUUUCGAUCAAAGAAAACAUCUAGAAGAUAAAAAAGUCAUGAUUGGUGACAGACAGAUGGUUGAUAUUGUAUUUAGUGUACUAGUGCGUGUUAAUGAAGAAGUCCAAGUUGGCCAGGAAAUAAAAAGAGAUUUUCUCAAUCGAUUUAACGUUCAGAAGAAAGGUCUAUUCAUGUACAAAUCAACCGAACGCGAUCUAGAUUACGUGACAGGAAAAGGAUGUUCUCUUCUCGGCGAAGUCCGUCUUGACCAAGAGGGAAACAGUUCUAACGACGAUGACACGGUUGAUGUAACAUUUGUGUUCGGAGAUACUGAACUAAGUGUGAAGGUACAUAAUGCAGGGGGGCUGACGACCAAGAAUUACAUUGCCACUUUAAACUGAACACUUUGGAAGAUAUGUGCUUGUAAAUAAAAAUGUCUUAUUUUAACUCUUGCAGAUGAAGUUCACUAACACAAAUCAUUGUUUCGUAUCAAAAAUAAAAAAAAAACAGCCACCUUAGGUCUUAUUUACCUACCUUUAUAGAACAUCACUUUCUUCUACACUUAGCAUAUUGUUUCAUGCAGAAUGCAUUCUAGCAGUGCAAAAGUUUGGUUCAAGCAUUUGUCCUGCACAUAAGUUUGCAAAAGAGCUAUUACUUUGGAUUUCUUUCUAAACCACUAAAACACACUUCUGACCGAAUAACCGACCUUAUUUCAGUAUAAUAAAAAUAUUCUGUCAACUAAGCAUUAUCAGUUGUUUCUGAUUUUUAACAGAUCUUUUGUUAUUAUUUUUAACAUGUAAGUAUUAUACUACAUAUUGUUAGCUGUCUUCGUCUUCGUUAAUUUUGCCUUUCAUUUCACAAACUACGACUAAGAUGUUUUGUCACCAUUUUAAUUCAUUUUGUGAACAUUUUAUAACCAGAUUAACUUGUGUAUAUUCAUGAAGUUAUGUUUGCUUUUUCACUUUUUGUUAACAACCUGCUCAUUGCAUGCUCAAUAUGUUAGUGUUUCUCAGUUCAUGCUGGAAUAAAAAAAAUCUAAUGAUAAAACAGUUUUAUAUUUCAUACAUCUACAAGUACAUGCACAAAUAUUCGAUGAUUACUUCACAAUCAAUCUGACUAAAGUACUUGAUCUUCUAAACGAAGAUCUGAGAAUGAUCCAUUUACAUUCGUCUUCUGUUUAUUUUUGAUUUCCGAUAUUGCUAUUUUUAUUUUCGCAAAUCUAUUUUUAUUUGAACCAAUCAGACGACUUGUUUCAACAAGCAUUUGGUUGAACCAUCAAAAUAGCGUCGAAUGUCAAAAGGUGUGACAAAUGUACAGUCAGUCCGGGGUUCGAACCCGGGACCUCUCGCUUGCACGGCGAGUACGACUGAGCUAACCGGCUGUCUGACAAAGUUCGUACCAUGACAUUUGAUUUCUCUCAAAACACGAGGGCGUAGUCGCGAUGUGGUCGUCAUAAGAAUUGAUAAUAUGAAAAACCCAGGCUAAAUAUAGAUUUUUUAAACUUCUACUUUCACAUACAAAAUGUUGUAAUUGUGAUUGGCUACAGGAAGGGUCGUCAGAACGACGCUAUCGAUAGCACGUCUUCAGAUCCUAUGUACGUAGCGUUAAUUGGAAAUGUACUUUAGUCAGAUUGAUUUCACAAUUAUAUUUGAUUAUU